UACAUCACAGCCGCUACUGUCUCUUUAAAUUUACCCAGGAGCCCCUAAAGGAGCCCCAGGGGCCCCUAGCUCGGCUCUCCACCCUGAAGACAAGCAGAACAUCUAAAUACAAACAGGAGACCGCUUUAAGUCACCGACCAUUUGACAGAUCUGCACUCCAACUUCGACCUAAAUGCGACUUGUAUCGUCUCGUAAAGUUAAGUUUACUUAAAGCAAAAAGCAAACAGCGGUGAGGCUUCAGUGCAGAGACAGACACUGCACACACUGUAAUGGGUGAGUGCGUGUUUCAGAUAUUUAGUCAACCACCCGACGAAUGCAUCUACGAAAUCCUCCGGUUGUGACAUUUCUACGUACAAAAGGUGCGAAUCCUGUACGUUAAAAUCACAUAACACAGGUAUGGAUGAAGCGGAGUCCAAAGAGUCGGUGCACAAAGCUGAGCAGACAGAAUCUCGCUCAUUAAUAAUAAAAGCUGAGGAAGAGGAGGCGACACCGCAGCGGGGACACUUGGGGGACCUCUCAGCAGGUCAAGAGGACAUGACCAAUGGUCUCACAUCUCAUAACAGCCAGGAUGUCCCUGUCACCUCUGUAUGCUCCCCAGGCACCAGUUACUGGUGUGUCUCUGAGAAUGCAGACUCUCCUUUCCUUCUGUCUCCAAUCCCAGGACCAUCUACGAAGGACCCCCCUCCAUCAAAGCACACACCUGGCCGAGACCACCGGCGCUAUUACCAUGAGUACUGGCGCAGCGAGUACCUCAUGGACUUCGACCCACAGAGACAAGGGAUGAUCUGCAUGGUGUGUGGCAGUUCACUGGCCACCCUGAAGUUAAGCACCAUCAAGAGGCACAUCAAUCAGAAGCAUCCAUACUCGCUGCUGUGGACCGAGUCCGAUAAAGAUGUGAUCCGGUCGGGAUGGGAGAGUCAUUUGAAUCGAGAAAACAGCCAGCCGGUAUGUCCUGAUCCAGAUGUUUUUCCAGAGUCACAGGAGAUUCUGGAUGUUAACAGGCACUCCACAGGCAAGCCUAGUGGUUCCAUCUCUCCAGUACUUCAGGCCCAGUCUGGCAUUAACAGGGCCACACCAUCCCCUCCGGCCUCCUCGGUCCAGGAGCUCCCAGGCCCCACAGCUCAGGUGAUGGAGCGCUACCUGAACGACUCGCUGCACGCCUGGUUCCGCCAGGAGUUCUUGAUGGAAUACCAGGCAGAGGAGGGUCGUCUAGUAUGCAUGGUAUGCAGCUGUCUGUUGCCUUCGCUGCACCUGGAUCACAUCAAAAGUCACAUGUUGGAUCUGCACCCAAACUCUCUGCUGUACAGCGCUGAGGAAAAGCACUCAAUCCUGCAGACCUGGGCUAAGACUCACGGUGAGGAAUCCCACUCUUUACAACCUCAAAUCAAAUCGGAACAACAUACCAAAGAAAUAAACUUAGAUGGUUCAGCCUCGUUUAUCCCUCUGAACAUGGAUCCAAUUCAGGGAAACUUGAUGGACUACACAAGAGGAGAUGAGAGUCCAUCAGACACUGGCCAGAGACCCCAGUCCUUACCUUACUAUCCCAGAAAGAGAAGACUGAAAUAUGGCAGCCCCUGGCGUCUCCGCCUGGAUUAUUUAGUGGCAUACGGUCCUCCAGAAAACCCGCUCUGCUACUGUAUGGUGUGUUCUGAACACCUGCCUGUGCCGAGGGUCAGCAACUUCCGCAAGCACAUCCAGGAGUGCCAUCCGGAGACAAGCAGCCUCAGCCGAAGUGAGAGAGAUGCUGUGGUCAGCGCCUGGAUAAAGGAGGAGAAAAUCGACAAAGCUACACCGAAAGAGGAUGCCCCACAAAGUGGCCCUGUCACUGCAAAUGCUGCUGGUGACACGCAGGUGUCUCCUGUGAAAACCACAGAGCAAGGAGGUGAGACAGAAGACAAUAAUAGCACAAAUAUCACACCAUCAACACAGAUGCCAGGACGGCACAGGCACUACCCGGGGAAGGACCAGCGGCGCAAUUACCAGGCCCGCUGGAAGAUGGAUUUCCUGAUGGACUACGACUGCAGGAAGCACGGAUUGAUCUGCAUGGUGUGUGGUGCUACGCUCGCAACGCUAAAGGUCAGCACCAUCAAGAGACACAUCCUUCAAGUGCACCCUCAUUCGCUGGACUACAACCCAGAGGAGAGACAGCUGGUCCUGCUUUGCUACAACCAGAUCUCAGCGCACUUUCAUUCAGAUGACUGUUUUUCAGGUUCGAACCACGGCCAUAAAGAGAAUGCUAACGGUAAUGCUUAUGUUAAUACCGAAUGCACUACGAGCCAGAGCACUUAAUUGAAACAGAAGAGUUAGGGAUGAAUUUUUGACAUCCUGUUUUUUGUUUUCCUUCACUCAGGAAGUUUGCUGCGGGGUUAAACCUUUUUUUUUUUUUUUUGAAGGAUGUUACAUUGUUGAAAAAUGUAUGUACUUUUUGUCUCUAACAAAGUGAGUAAAACAUCUGAAAUGUUUGAUAAGCUUAAAAAGAAUAUUUAUGCUUGAAUCACUUUUGAAAGUGAAACAUAGAGCCACCAAUGUCAUUUAAACAGUUCAUUUUUCCCAACAAGCGAUUUUGCUGAACUUACAUUUUCUCUUCUGUGGAUAAGCACUCUUUAAUGCAUUUGUACAUUCAUUGCUCUUUUUGUAGACUGCAAGACUGUUAUUGUUUCCCAUGCUUGACAUUUUGCAUGACAUCACACAUUACAGUGAACAAUAUUAUGUUACUUACAGCACUUAAAAUGGAUGCUCAGUACAAGUUUUUGGGACUGUUACUAAGCAAACACAGUGGAAGAAAAAAAAAAUUGAUUUCAUAUACGAUUUUGUCAAUCACAUUUUGCGUUUUAAAAGAAAAAGCAUAAAUAUAAUAUAUGGUUUAUAAUGUUAAUGUUAUAUAAUACUGGUUCAGUUCACCAAAAAGUUAUAUUGAAAUAAAAAUGUUAUGGACUUUCUGUUUAGGUGAAGUCCGGUUUCUUUUGAGCGAGAUCCAUGUCUCAGGGAGUGUUUAUUCAUCAUUAAUUUUCUGCAUUUAUGAAUCUUGUUCAGAUUGAAUAUUGAAUUUAAUUAAAAAGGUGCAAUUAAAUGGGCAGAUAAUGCAUGCAUGUUCUCAAAUCAUCAACACUGGUUGCAUUUAUUUAAGAUAUGCUGUAUAGCAUGAAAUAGGUCAUUAACAAAUACCCUUUUUGCAAAUUUAAUUUUUUUUUGCUUUCUCAUCACAGAGGAAUUUUGCACUUGUCUAUGACAAACAGUCAUAAUGUUGCCAGUUCUCUCUAUAAUCCUGUACAGAGUGAACUGAAACUAAUGCGUCAGCACUGGUGUAAACAUGAGGAUGCACAAUUGUUUCACCUCUUCUUUUAAUGCCAUUUUUCUUGACCAAAUGCAACUUGGAGGCACUUUCAAAGUUUGGAACGUCCCACAGAUCUGUUUAUGGAGCUUCCUGGAAAAUGGCACACAAUCAUCUUUGUGAUGACAAGGUUUGGGGUUCAAACUCUCAGGGUUACAACGUUUAGGAGUAACGUUUUAACAAUUAUAUUUUAAGUUAUGUACACAUAUAAGAUAUUACAUUCAUCACAUGUAUAUACUUCCUACUUGAGUUUGGAUUUAAAUAUAAUUCUUUUUGAGUUUCACUUGUAUAAUUUACUGCA